GAACAACAAGUGACUUUUCAGAGUCAUCAGCAAUUGUGCUGUUAAAAUAGUUUACCUGGAAGAAACUGCUAAAUAACAUUUAGGACUACUCUGCUUUUACUGUUUAUUUUUCACCUGCAAGUAGAGUGACAGAAAAAUGAAGAUUUCAGAUCGGCCUAGUGACACGGUCCGUCUCUCUGUAUUGGAACAUCUCCGUGUGGUUCACGGGAUAAAGCUGAAGAACUGUGGACGGAAGAAAGAGAAAAGGUUUACAGGUGGUACCAAAGUGUUUGGAGUUCCACUGGAGAGUUUGCCGUUGUGUUACAUGCCUCCGUGUGGGCUGCUACCCUGCUUUCUAGUGGAUGCCUGUGAGCAUCUACUGGAGCAUGCUGGGACUGAUGGCCUUUUCAGAAAAUCUGGCUCUGUUGUUCGUCUGAGGACCCUUAGGGCUAAACUAGACCAUGGGGAGGCGUGUCUAUCCACAGCCCUCCCCUGUGACGUGGCCAGCCUUUUGAAGCUGUUCUGCCGUGAGCUUCCAGACCCCCUAUUCCCCUCAGACCUCCACUCAGCCCUGCUGAAGGCCCAGCUAUUACCCACUUUGGAGGAGAGGGCCUUGGCCACCCAGCUGCUGUCCUGCCUACUGCCUGACAGGAACUUUGCCUUCCUCAGUUACUUCUUCCACUUCCUCGCAAAGGUCUCCCACAGGUGUGCAGAGAACAGGAUGACCAAUAGUAACCUGGCUGUGAUCUUUGCCCCGAGCCUGCUUCCUCCCAGCCACGGAACAGAGGGGAUGGACACAUAUAUGAAACUCAAAGCUGUGGUCUAUACCUUCAUAGAGAAUGUCCAUUCAUUUGGUGUGGUUCCUCAGGUGAUCAUGGAGGGCGUCCCAGGUCAUGCUGAAAUGUCUCCCUGCAGGAAGAGACGGCCACUCAGAAAGAGCCUGGGUUUGGAGGACUUCCCAGACAUUCAGCUUUUCAGGAACAAAACAUUUUGCUCAGGGAAACCAGGCUCGAGUCCUUCAGCUCAGUUGGCCAGAUCUCCCUCCACCCCAGUGAGGACAGAGAGCUGCAGAGUACAGAGCAAAACACUCAAAAGAAUGGAUUCGGGAAACGUUGGGUGUUUUUCGGCCAAAAGGCUGAAGGGAGGUGACAGUAUCCGCAGGUAUCCUGGUCUGGGAAAGCUGAACCUAACCCCCUGGAAGAGCAGGAGACGCACCACUCUAUAGUCUCUAUCAAAUGGAGAGAUCUCAAUUCAUCAGACAUCAAGGCCCAUGUCAGUUGUCAUUGUUUUGCAUUGAAGAUGAAAAUAACCCUAUGAAUGUCACAUUUUAUUGUAAAGACAUUUUAUUUGUCUUUAGAAACGUUUGGACUUCUGGAUAUUUAAUUUAUUUCCCUGUACAUAUUUCCUGUAGUCCACCUGUCCAACAUGUCUGUAAAACUAAAAUUUGUUUUAAUAAAUAGGUUUAUUUUUAA